GUUUGCAUUAAAUUCACCAUAUCCUUCAACGCCGCAGUCAAUCUACACAAUGGUCGAUCAGAAAAGGAAAAAGACAGUGAAAAGACACGUAAAGCCAAACAGUAACCAGGUGGAUCCCAUUCAGGAGCAAGCCUCAUCAACGGCAUCACCGAAACGCCGUCGAGUGCAAAAGUCUAAACAAACGUCCAAACGAUCGAAAAGCGAAAGUGACGGUUCGGAGGACUGGGCUGAGAGCGAUCAAGAGUCAGUGGAAGGCGAGGUGACCGCCGCAGCACAGGAGGAUAUGAAAUCUGCGGUCAUUGAUAUUCCGCGUCCAAAAGGAUCACCGUUCGCAGACGCGCUUUCACCUGAUACGCUUGAGUUCAUGGCACAACUUGCCGAAAAUAAUAACCGUGAUUUUAUGCAGUUAAAUCAGGAACGUUGGCAUGCAGCCAAGCAAGAUUUCACCGACUUUGUUGGCCUCAUCAUUAAAGAGCUUCAAAGCAUGGAUCCCACAAUUUUGGUAGAAGAACCCAAGGCAGCGGUUUAUCGACAAAAUCGUGAUCUGCGUUUUACCAACGAUUUACGACCCUAUAAAAUUUACUUGUCCGCCUCUUUUUCACGAGGUGGAAAGAAAUCACCGUUUGCAGGCUAUCACAUUGCGGUAGCCCCCGGUAACAAGACCAUGGUAGCGGCCGGGAUAUGGCAACCUUCGUCUUCAAUUCUUUCCAGGAUGCGGACUGGCAUAAUGGAAAAUGCCUCUUUAAUGCGAGAAGCUUUAUCAACUGACGCGAUCAACGACAUAUUCGGAAAGGGAGGGCUGGAGGUAUUGGAAUCAUCGGACAAACUCAAGGUGGCGCCCAAGGGCGUAGCCAAGGAUCACCCUGAAAUUGAAAUGCUACGUUUCAAAUCCAUGGUGGCUUCAAAAUAUUUUGACGAUGUCGACGUCGUUUCAGAAGGAUUCUUGGAUAAAGUUUUGGAUGUUUUUGAUGCGGUGGUGCCGUUUGUAGCCGUUUUAAAUUCAUGGACCGGAUAAAAAGAUAGUAAUACUUGCCUGUAAAAUAUACAUAUCAUUGCCAUAUUCUUUCUAUUGCUGUUUGUAAUGCUGUAUAUCGCCAAUAAAAUUUUGAGCAUCGAAUUAUUUUUU